AUGUGUCAUGACGCAGAUUUUGCAUCCCUGCGUUUUCCUGCUGCCAAUAAUGUUCGAAAUCAAUUGGAUAAAUUGAAAGUAUUUUAUCCAAUGUGUAAGAAUGCUGUGAAACGAGGUGAAUUGAAGGAUCAUCAAGAGAAAUAUUGUUCUCUUCAUGAAGCAUAUCAACAAGUGGGAAAAAAACAGAAAUAUCGUUUGAAAAAACAAUUUGAAGAAAAGAAUAAUAAUACAAAGUUGGAACAGGUGGAAACCAUUCAUUUGAAUGUGGGUGAGAAACAAGUCGAUCAACAAAUUGAUACAGUAUUCCAUUCAAGCACAAUUUUGAAUUCGAAAGUAGCUUCAUUGAUAUUCACAAGUCUGAAAUUGAAUGUUUCUCAAUGUUCACUUUUAUAUCGUGGAAGCAGAGAUGGAUUCACUGCACAAACAUUUCAUUCUCGAUGUGAUUCAAAAUCACCAACUCUCACAAUUAUCAAAUCACAACACAAUCAAAUCUUUGGAGGUUUCACAACACAAACAUGGAAUCAUACUGACGAUUGCAAACCUGAUUCAGAAGCAUUUAUUUUCAAAUAUCAUGAUUCAACAUGCACUUUUGAAAUUUUACCUGUGACUAGACCUGAGAAGGCUAUUUAUUGCCAUUCCUCUUACCUUGCAGUGUUUGGGGGUGGUGGUGAUAUUUAUAUUGCAGACAAGUGUAAUGUAAAUACAAAUAGUUAUUGCAAUUUAGGAAGAAGUUACAGCCUUCCUGAAUCCUUGAAAAAACAAAACUUGAAAUAUAGAGAUGCUCAAGUUCAAUCUUAUUUAGCAGGAUCCGACACUUUCAAAGUUUCAGAAAUUGAAGUUUACCAAGUUUAG